GAGGGAAGGAAGGAGUGGGGGAGGAUAGGAGACUGAUAGACUGAUACAGGAGCUGUGGCCUGGACGCAUCCAGCCUGACGCGGGCUUCACUGGACCAGAGGAGACACACUGAGCCCGGAUCUCACACCAGGACUCGGGAUUUUAUCUUCUUUCUUUUAAAAAAAGGGGGACCAUGUGGUUCGGUUCGGGUCCUGCGGGGAGCGGGUGCUGAGUCGUGGAGAUGCUGCAGAGAUUCUCUGGACUCACAUCCACAUCCAGGACUCCGGGAUUCAGACGCGUCAUCGCGCUGCUUCUGUUUCAGGGACACGUUCUGGUUUCAGCGUUUUAUUAGAGGCGGCUUCCUCCUUUAUUUAUUCCUUUAUUUAUUCGUUUAUUUAUUUAUUUAUUUAUUUAUUCAUUUAUUUAUUUGUUGGAGGCGGAUUCUGCUGCUCGGGUUCAUCGGCUGAAUCUUAAAAGCUUCUCUGGAUGUGAGCGACGCAUGAAUUCUCAAACCAGAUCCUCGUCGGUGAACGCUGCUGUCCUCCUCCACCUCCUCCUCCUCCUCCUCCUCCUCCUCCUGCUGCCUCUGCUCAGACGGCCGAUUCUCGCAGAGGGCACUACCCUCCUCCUCCUCCUCCACCUCCUCCUCCUCCUCCACCUCCUCCUCCUCCCCGCCGCUAAAGACAUUUUGAUCGUCCUCCCCGGCUCCCCCAUCACUCCGCCUGCCUCCUCCUCAUCAUCCACCGCCGCCACCUCCUCCUCCUCCUCCUCCGCCUCCUCCUCCUCCUCCUCCUCCUCCGUACCAUGUCGGGGCAGACUUUGACGGACCGGAUCGCCGCCGCGCAGCACAGCAUGACCGGCUCUGCCAUCAGCAAAGCCGUGUGCAAGGCCACGACGCACGAAGUCAGCGGACCCAAGAAGAAGCACCUUGACUACCUGAUCCACUGCACCAACGAGCUCAACGUCAGCAUCCCACAUCUGGCAGAUACGUUACUGGAGCGCACGGCCAGUAACAGCUGGAUCGUAGUGUUCAAGGCCCUGAUCACCACACACCACCUCAUGAUGUACGGCAACGAGAGAUUAAUGCAGUACCUCGCCUCCAGAAACACGCUCUUCAACCUCAACAACUUCCUCGAUAAGGCCGCGCUACAAGGGUACAACAUGUCCACCUUCAUCAGACGCUACAGCCGCUACCUGAACGAGAAAGCGAUGUCCUACAGACUCGCAGCGGUGGACUUCACCAAGAUGAAGAGAGGAGCUGAUGGUGUGAUGAGAACCAUGAACACAGAGAAGCUGAUCAAGACUCUGCCGGUGAUUCAGAACCAGCUGGACGCUCUGCUGGACUUCCAGCCUAACUCUAACGAGCUGACUAACGGGGUGAUAAACACAGCCUUCAUGCUGCUCUUCAAAGAUUCCAUACGGUUGUUUGCUGCGUAUAACGAAGGCGUCAUCAACAUGUUGGAGAAAUACUUCGACAUGAAGAAGAACCAGUGCAAGGAGGCGCUGGAGCUCUACAAGACGUUCCUGAGCAGGAUGACCAAACUGUCCGAGUUCCUGAAAGUGGCCGAGCGAGUUGGGAUAGAUCAGGGCGACAGCCCCGAUCUCACACAGGCUCCCAACACUCUCCUGGAGGCUCUGGAGCAGCAUCUAGCCUCCCUGGAGGGCAGGAAGCUCAAGGACCUGUCCAGCACCAGCAGAUCCAGCACCUUGUCCAGCGCAGUGUCGUCUCUGUCCAGCGCUGGGAUUUCUCUCAGCCGCAUGGACGACAAGACGGAGGACAACCGGCUGCAGCACAAGGAGGACGGUCAUAAAGUGAUGGACAUCCAGACUCCCAACGCGUCCCCCAGCGCUCAGUCCGUGGGCAGCGCCAACAGCAGCGGGGGGGCAACAGACCUGUUCUCCAGCUCCCCCAUCGUACCCAUCAGCAACCAUGUGCCAAACCUCAGCAGUGAGCUGUUCACCCUGCAGCCCAGCUUCACCCCCAUCCAGACCACACACACUGUGCCCAACAACAACAACGCCUGGGGAGGUGACCUGCUGAAGCCGUCCCCGCCCACUCAGAUCCACAGCCCCGGAGCCCCGUUGCACUCUGGGAAAAUGCUGCCCAGCGACUUGGACUCUUCGUUAGCGAACCUCGUGGGCAAUCUGCAGUUUGGGGGGACGCCAGCGAAAAAGCCAGAGCUGCAGUGGAGUCAGCUGGUGGAGAAGAAGCCCACGGGAGGAAGUGGCUGGCAGUCAAAGACCAUGUGCACCAGCACCAACUGGACCCACACCACCCAUCCCAUGGCGCCUGCCCCCAUGCCCGUCCCUCAGAUGAACGGGAUGAUCUAUACUGGCUACGCUCCAGCACCAGUGGCUUUUCCUAUGACGACACCCCAAGUGCCUGUGUAUGGGAUGCUUCCUCCUCAGAUGAGCCAUCAGAUGGGGGGGGUUCCCAUGAUGCCCCCGCAGCCUGUCAUGUACAACCAGCCCGUCCUGAGACCCACCAACCCCUUCGGACCCAUCCCGGGAACUCAGAUGCACUUCAUGUAGGGAGGACGUCGUAACCAUGGCAGCAAAGCUGGAGGAAGAGAUGGAGAGACGGUCGGCGGCAAAACCCAGAACCAAAUCCAGUGCAGGAGGAAGAGAAGAGACGGCGAAGGGCCGGGAGGAGGAGGACGGAGGGGAGAGGAGGAAGGGUAGAGGACCAGAGGACGGACAGAAGACGUCUCCUGACCCUCUAGUCUGUCCUCUCUCCACGUUGGACGCUGGUCUCUCCGAGUCUUCUCUCCUGCCGGGGCAUCAAUCCCACUCAUCCUCUGAUUUGCCGGUUCAAGCGACGACGUCCUGUGAAGACACUACAAAGACAUGUCCCCCCUCGUCCCCCCGUCCCAAUAUAGACUCCCUGUAUAAAAGUCCCCCCACCCACGUCCGUCUCCGUCCCCCCCCCCCCCUCCCCCGAGUCUAACUCGGAGGAAACGUCUCUUUCUCUGAUUGGAUUUGCUGGCACUUUACACUUUAUGUGAACUCUGCCAAGUAUUCGUGUGUCGGUGACGUGACCCCGUUCAGAUCGGCCCCCGUUCGUCCGUCGCCCGCCGUCGAUUUGAACGAGUGCGUGUCCCCCUUUUUUUCUACGUGUCCACAUCACAUCACAUCACAUCACACUCCCGAGUCUUUUUACGAGAGUCCGUUCGUUCCCCGUUUGCCAAUGUGACGUCCUGAGGGGACGUUUGUGUGUGGAUGGACUUCGUGUCGGUGGUUUUAUUUCUCUAAUCUCUGUCGGUACCUGAUGUCACGGUCGUGUCGCCGGGUACCAACGUGUUUCUGCACUGGAACUAACUGAUGAAAGCACUGAGCCGGACCCGGGCGCCCGGAUGUAAACUCACCUCUCACACUGACUUUGCUACUUGGGGACGUUCUGUUCACACUGUGUGUUUCAUUUAUUGGUUUUUCCUCCUCUACAGCUGUGCAAUACCACCUCCCCGCUGUUUUCUGCCUGUUUAGAAGCUUCUCCUGCUCUAGUGUUGUACUUCCAAUGUGUCCACAUCAAGUUUCUGUACAGUGCUUCUUCUUCUUCUUUUAUUUUUUUAGUUUUUCUCGCCCUGUUGUGUUUGUGUGUUUCCUCCACCAGUGAUGCACUGAGCCAACUACAGAUACGAAAAGGUGAUCCUCAGUCUUAGCCAAUCAGAAACUCCCUCCCCGUCCUGAGCAUUCGUACGGUCCGAAAUUCAGACUCCCGUCGAGUCCUUUUUACCUUCAGGAAAAACCGAACAGCCACAGCAGAUGUCUCAGCUCCACCCGGAGGCGCUAACGUUGUUAAUGAAGUGUUAGUGGACGCGAGGCCCUGGCCUGCAGAUUAGUUUGGAGGCUUUAAUGAGACGUUAAAUGUGGAUUUUCUAGCAGAUCCGAGGACGGAUCCAAGGAUCUGGCCCACAGUCAGAUGAUAUAUAUAAAUAUAAAUAUAUAUAUAUAUAUAUAGCACAAACCUUCAAAGAGGGGACAAUGCUCUGCUGCACAAAAACUUAAAUCAAUGCUGGGAUGUACAGUUGAAAGGGGCAAUAAUCGAUGGGGGAUGAAGUCGUUUUCUAUUGAUCGUGUCUGUUCCGUGUACAUGUUGUGUGUGUGUGUCUGUGUGCACAUGGCUUCUCAUAGAGAUAAACAGGGUCGUGUUCCUCCGUUAGCGCCGGUUAGCGUGUCCUGACGUAGCAGUGAGUGUUGUUGUGACCGUGUCUCAGUCUGUUACGACGCCACCAUCAGUUUUUAACGGUGGCUCUAGGAACGACCCCCCCCCCCCCCCCCCCCCCACCACCACCAGGUCCCAGACAGCGUCUCCAUGGAGACGUCUGCACCCGGAUGCUGGUUUCCAACUCUAGAAACCAUCACCCUCCGUGCAGCUCGUCUGUGACUUCACAUUCAAAUCUAAAACAUUCGGGUCUUCUGAGGAAAAACUGUCCUUUCACCGUCGUCCAUUUAACGCAGUGGUUUGUCUUUUCAUGUCUUUGCACUUCACCCUGACAACAACACACAGCCCCCCCCCCCCCCCCUCCCCCCCCAUCCUGGGCCAACCUGACUGUUACUGUGUCCUCUGUAUAUAGGUAAACGCCGUUCAUGUGUUUCUAGACGUGCUCUCUGUGACGUGGUCGACGCCCCCAUCGGAUGACGUUUCUGUACGUGGGACGAUUUCUUGCUGUAUCCGUGUUGAAUGGUUGUGUUUUUGAAGGUGUCAUGAUCCAGGGAGGGAGGGAGGGUGGAGGGAGGGGGGGUGGGUAUUAAUGUUUGUGAUGUUUGUGUCCAUCUGGAGGCGGAAGGGGGAGGGAGGGGAGGGGGGAGGGAGGGGAGGGAAGUCAAGGGUCAACUAUCACAACUGGUCUAUACCAAGAGUGUCUUCAUCCAGGAGGGGGACAGGACAGGGUCUGUCCUCUUCAACACAGGAACAUUUUUUUGCACCAAAGUCAUCAUCAAAGCGCAGCUUCUUCUUCUUCUUCUUCAAGGUUCACUACGGACGGACGCCACCAGAACUCAAAGGAUUCCUCGCUUUUAUUUUCUAGAGACAAAAGAGAAACUGUCUUUCUUUUUGCAUGAUUAAGUGUCGUCUUUUUAUUGGCUCGUGUGCCCGGUAAAAGCAUGAACCAUGUGUGAACUCUCACUUACCGGCGUGUGUGGAAAACGUUAAGGAAAUUUUUCUCCAUGAGAUUUUUUUACUUACCUCUCUCUCUGUCUCUGUCUCUGUCGACGUGGACGUUCAUUGACAUUCAUGCGCAGCGGUUUUACAGCGGGAGGCUCUGGUAACGGUUUGAAGGCCGCCUCGCAUGCAGACGUGCAACCUGCAAGUUUCCCCCAUCCAACUUCAAACCCCGUUACUGUGACUGCGUCUCUGUAAAACGUCAUGGAUGUCAAUGCCGGUUUAUCACCUAGCUAGCCAGACAUGCAGUCUUGUAAAAAUCGCUCUUUAUUAAAAGCGUUGCUAUUUUCAA